AAAAGUACAAGAUGGCGCCUGUGUUGUACUACGCCCCAGCUUCACCACCAUGUCGCAGCGUAAUGCUGGUCGCCAAGGAGGUCGGGUUGGAACUUCAACUCAAACCCGUGGAUGUGAUGAAGGGAGAACAUAUGAGACCUGAAUUUCUCGCGAUCAACCCUCAGCACACCAUACCCACCUUGGUGGAUGACGACCUCACCCUCUGGGAGAGCCGAGCGAUCGUGCAGUACAUUGCCAACACGUACGACAAGAAGGGCCUCAUCUACCCGAAGGAGGCCAAACUUCGGUCCAAGAUAGACCGCCUUCUCUACUUUGACUUCGGUAGCCUCUACAAAGCCUUCGCUGACUUCGCGUUUCCAGUUCUGAGGGAGGGUGAAAAACCAGAUUCCGGAAAACUUGCCAAGAUUUACGACGCUCUUGCAUUGCUGGAAACUUUCCUGGAAGGCCACUUGUUCGCAGUAGGCAACCGCAUCACCAUUGCGGACCAUGUUCUGGUGGCCACGGUAUCUACCUUGGAUGCUGCUGGUAUCGAUAUUACCAAGUACCGCAAUGUGCAGAACUGGUACCAGCGAUGCUCAGGACAGAUGCGUGGUUAUGAAGAGGUCAAUGGAAAGUACCUACCAGAUAUCGGUAAAAUGAUGAAGCCAAAAUUGAGGGUUUAGAGACAACCGUAACCUGCAGGUUGUGACAUAAAUAGAUUCUUAAAUUAUCCGUAAUAUGCCAGUGAAAUGCCAGUGAAUUCACCAUAUCUUAUUGCUGAGACGUUUUCAAUGAAGGCAUUCACCAUAUCAACAUUGAAUUGUCUUUAAAUGAAGAUAUAAUGAAUUUAAUAUGCAUUUCCCUUGCUAUCUUAUUUUUGGUCAAUUUGCGAAAAGGAAACAAAUUAUAUUGAUACCAAAAUCCAAUAAAUGGAAAUUUAUAGAAUGAUGAAAUCCCAAUUAGGAUGUAAAGCGGCUAUUGACAUUCUUGAAGAGUGCUUUGAAAUGAACCGAGUUUUGUUAAUUGCAGUGGAAUAACAAGUUUAAUAAAUAAUACACCUGUUAAAUAAAUAAAUAACAAUCAAGUCAUUUUUUUGAAAGG